CUCAUUUCCUUUUCCCUAUUAAAAUCCCUUCCCUCCGUUUUCCUUGAACCAAAUAUACCCUAAAGUCCAGAAACCUGGUCACUGCGCGCUCAUUUUGGCGCCAAAUUCCCCUUCGUCCUAAAUAACCCCGAAUCUCUGUAUCUCCUCCAACCCCACCACACAAAAUGCAGCGACAGAAGUCAAUACUGUCAUUCCUCAAGAAGCCCGAACCCUCCAGCGUCGGCAAACCCAUUGCACUCGACGCCGAUGAAGAAAUCAAAGGAAUCGACACUCCAGCGGAGAAGGUACCACGUCGGAUAUUUCCCGACAGCCGCCCUUCGGUCUUCUCCAGCAUCAAACACAAGUUUACUAAACUGGACACCGUUGAGAGUUCGUCAUCUGACACCAGGUCCAGCAUGAAAGAUACUCUCGAUUCAGGGCCGCUCUCAAUGAAAUUUGAUGGAUCAGAAGAUUUUGGCAACCGAUGUUCACUCCCCAAGCAUUUGAGUGAGCAAAAUGCUGAUUGGGACAAAGACUGUACACUGGAAACUGCUAUCCAGGACAAUAUUCUUGGGCCAGAUACACCAGGCAUGCGACCUCUUGUUCCUAGGUUGAAGAGAGUCCAGGAGGAGUAUGUAGAUUUGGAGGACAAAGCUAGUUUUUCUUUACCAGAUUAUAAGAAAAGAGCCAAGCUUCAGCAGGCUCCUGAGAUUUUAAAGGAAAAUCAAGAGGACUCUGAAACUAUUAGCAAGUUUGAAUGGCUCCGUCCAUCUCGAAUCAAAGAUAUCAACGGAAGAAAACCAGGAGACCCUCUUUAUGAUAAAAGGAUGUUAUACAUCCCUCCGGAUGCUUUGAGAAAAAUGUCAGCAUCCCAAAGGCAGUAUUGGGAUGUUAAACGUCAAUAUAUGGAUGUGGUUCUCUUUUUUAAAGUGGGAAAGUUUUAUGAACUCUAUGAACUGGAUGCUGAAAUUGGUCACAAGGAACUUGACUGGAGGAUAACACUAAGUGGUGUGGGGAAGUGUCGUCAGGUUGGUGUAUCUGAGAGUGGGAUUGAUGAUGCUGUUCAGAAGUUGAUCGCUCGUGGGUACAAGGUUGGUCGUAUGGAACAAUUGGAGACAUCAGAACAAGCAAAAUCCAGGGGCUCUUCAUCUGUCAUUCAGAGAAAGUUGAUUCACGUACAUACACCUGCUACCACAUUAGAGGGAAAUAUUGGGCCUGAUGCUGUUCAUCUUCUUGCCAUAAAAGAGGCAAAUGGUUCAAAUGCAUUUGGGUUUGCUUUUGUGGAUUGUGCUGCUUUGAAGUUUUGGGUUGGUUCUAUCAGUGAUGAUGCUUCAUGUGCUUCGUUGGAGGCUUUGCUAAUGCAAGUCUCACCAAAGGAAAUCAUUCAUGAAACCCAAGGGCUGUCUAAAGAUGCGCAAAAGUCCCUUAAGAAAUACGAAUUGACAGGAUCAACUGCAUCCCAGUUAAAUCUAGUUGAUGCUUUCCCUGAAGCCUUGGAAGUUAGAAACACUAUUCAGUCAAAUAAAUACUUCAAUGGGUCGUGUGAUACUUGGUAUGACAUACUUGAUGGUGUUAUGCAUCACGAUCUUGCAUUACCUGCUCUAGGGGGGCUUAUUGGUCAUCUAUCACGGUUGAUGCUAAAUGAUGUCAUUCGCAAUGGAGAUAUCUUAUCUUAUGAAGUCUUCAAAGGUUUCCUUCGAAUGGAUGGUCAGACUCUAGUAAAUCUGGAGAUUUUUAAUAAUAAUGCUGAUGGUGGCCAAUCAGGCUACACUCUGUAUAAUUAUCUCAAUAAUUGCGUGACUUCAUCUGGUAAGCGGCUUUUGAGGAACUGGAUAUGCCAUCCUCUUCAAGAUGUUGAAAAGAUAAAUAGUAGGCUGGAUGUAGUUGAGGGCCUAAUGCAAAAUCCCGAAAUCAUUCUACAAAUUUCCCAAUCGCUUCGUCAGUUACCAGAUCUGGAAAGAUUGCUAGGACGUGUUAAGUCUAGUUUUCAGUCUUCUUCCGUGCUAUUGUUGCCUUCAAUUGGCAACAAAGUAUUGAAACAGCGAGUAAAAGUGUUUGGGUCACUAGUGAGAGGCCUGCGAAACGGGAUACAAAUGCUUAUGGAAUUGCAAAAGCAUGAAAUCAUCACCUCUUUAUUGUCAAAAGUUAUAUCCCUUCCUAUGCUUAGUGGUAAUGAGGGGCUUGAUAUAUCCCUACGACAAUUUGAAGCAGCAGUAGAUAGCGAAUUCCCAGGUCACCAGGACCAUAAUCUUACAGACUCGGAGGCUGAAACCUUCUCAAUCUUGAUGGAGUUGUUUGUCGAGAAGGCGACUCAUUGGUCUCAAAUGAUACAUGCAAUAAGCUGUGUUGAUGUACUUAGAUCCUUUGCUAUUUCUUCAAAUUUUGCUCAUGGGUCAAUGUCCAAACCUGUAAUUAUACCUCAUUCUAAAUCUGGAAACUCAAUUACGGAGUCUGUGUGCCCAAUGCUCCAUAUGAAAGGAGUAUGGCAUCCUUAUGCCCUUGGUGAGAGUGGUGGAUUGCCUGUGCCAAAUGACAUCUGUCUUGGAGGAGAAGGAAAUAGUCAUAUUCCUGGCGCAUUGCUGUUAACCGGGCCAAAUAUGGGUGGGAAAUCGACCCUCUUACGCGCAACUUGUUUAGCUGUAAUACUGGCUCAGCUAGGGUGUUAUGUGCCGUGCGAAAAGUGCACUCUGUCAACCGUGGACAUCAUAUUCACUCGGCUGGGUGCUACGGAUCGGAUCAUGACUGGGGAGAGUACAUUUUUAAUUGAAUGCAAAGAGACGGCAUCAGUUCUGCAAAAUGCUACACAGAGUUCACUCGUUCUGCUCGAUGAAUUGGGUCGCGGAACAAGUACUUUCGACGGAUAUGCUAUAGCAUAUGCUGUAUUCCGUCAUCUUGUUGAGGCUGUCAACUGUCGUUUGUUGUUCGCCACACACUAUCACCCUCUCACGAAAGAGUUUGCUGCCCAUCCUCGUGUAAAACUGCAACAUAUGGCAUACGCUUUUGAUUCGACUUUUAACAACACACCAUCACAACUUGAUCGCAAGUUAGUUUUCCUGUACAAAUUAGCCUCGGGAGCAUGCCCAGAAAGCUACGGUAUGCAGAUAGCACUCAUGGCUCGGAUUCCAGGCCCGGUGAUCGAAGCAGCUUCCGAAGCUGCAAAAGUGAUGAAGGAAAUUGUUAGAGAAAGCUUCAGGUCGAGCGAGCAAAGGGAGAAUUUUUCGACAUUGCAUGAAGAGUGGUUGAAGGCACUUAUAUCUGUUUCAAAGAUGGCUGAGGUUGAUUUUGAUGAUGAUGCCUUUGAUUCCUUGUUUUGUUUGUGGCAUGAGCUGAAGUGAUCUGAAAAGGAAAACUAAGUCUUAUCAUUUCUUAUUAUAUACUCUUUUGAUCUAUUUAUGGUAUUUUGCACUCUUGUAACUUGUAAGUGGUUCUUGUUAGUAAAUCAACAGUCUUGAGUAUUGGGUUGGAACGAAAUUUGAUGUAAUGUAAUGGUGUUUUGUCUUGUGUGUGGGUACGAGCAUCUGCCCUGAUGAUAUCAAUCAAUCUUUGUGCAAAUAAGCUUUUCUUAUCAUUGAGUUGAUCAAACAUUACAAUACAUGCGCAAAUAAGCCUUUCUUGUGAGUAUAUUAAAUAGAAUGCAGCUUUAGUAUAGG